ACCGCCCGCCCUGUCGCAGCUUCUCUCGGGCUAUGCCUCCGCUCUGGGUCCUGCUGGCCCUCGGCUGCCUGCGACUUGGCUCAGGUGUGAACCUCCAGCCCCAGCUGGCUAGUGUGACCUUUGCCACCAGCAACCCCACACUCACCACCGUGGCCUUGGAAAAGCCUCUCUGCACGUUUGACAGCCCGGCGGCCCUCCAUGGCACCUACGAGGUGUACCUCUAUGUCCUGGUCGACUCAGCCAGCUUCAGGAACGCCUCUGUGCAGGACAGCACCAAGGCCCCACUCAGCUCGACAUUCCAGCAAACAGAGGGAGGGAGGACAGGCCCCUACAAGGCGGCGGCCUUUGACCUGACCCCCUGCAGCGACCUGCCCAGCUUGGAUGCUGUCAGGGAUGUGUCCCGGGCCUCGGAGAUCCUGAACGCAUACCUGGUCAGGGUGGGCACCAAUGGGACCUGCCUGUCUGACCCCAACUUCUGGGGCCUCUGCAACCCACCCCUGUCAGCAGCCACGGAAUACAGAUUCAAGUACGUCCUGGUCAAUAUGUCCACAGGCUUGGUACAGGACCAGACCCUGUGGUCGGACCCCAUCCGCACCAACCGACUCGCUCCGUACUCGGCGAUCGACACGUGGCCGGGCCGGCGGAGCGGGGGCAUGAUUGUCAUCGCGUCCAUCCUGGGCUCCCUGCCCUUCUUCUUGCUUAUUGGCUUUGCUGGCGCCAUUGUCCUCAGCCUCGUGGACGUGGGCAGUGCUGACGGGGAAACAGCCCACGACUCCCAGAUCACGCAGGAGGCCGUCCCCAAGUCCCUGGGGACCUCGGAGCCCUCGCACACGUCUGUGAACCGGGGGCCGCCCCUGGACAGGGUCGAGGUGUAUGCCAGCAAGCUCCAGGACUGAGGCCGGAUGCCGCUUCUGGGCGGCCACAGUCUCCCCGACGGGCUUGCUCAGGGGUCUGCGGGGGGCCAUGUUCACACCCUGACCCCAACCAAGGUGAACACAGGGCCUGUUGGUCCAACUGCAGGAAAGCACUUAAUCAAAUCUUCUCAAGAUUUUGAGUUCAAUAAAGACUUACAGAAUG